UUACCUGGAAUAGUUUUUGUUUUGUUUGCUAGCAGGGCUCGGUCACAGGUCUGUCUUUUUCUGAAUCUGCGGAACUUCGAAACCCGAUGCUACACGACACUUUACGACAGGCCAGAGGUUGCUGAGAAGCCGAAGUCAAGAUACCCUUCCAGUGAGAUUAGGGUUAGGGUUAGGGUUAGAUUAAAUUAAAUUAAAAAUCAAAGCAGAUGUUUUGAGUUGAAACCAGAAAAAGGAGAGGAAGGAGACGCAGCAUUUUUGUUGGACUGUGAGGUUCUGGAGGUGCUACAUCCCAAGACAUUUUGUGGACUUUUGUCAUCCUAGUUGAACAUAGACUGAUAACUGCAUCAUGUGGAUCGCUCAGUCUCCUGAAGAAAGUACAACACCGUUGAACCCAACACACAUAGUGGUUCCGCGGCCAGGACGCCACAGAAGGCCCAUGACGGCUCCAAAAACACAGAAAGAGAGGGCAUCUAAGACCAAGAAGGUGUUGUUAACGGUUGGAGCAGUUGUGGUGUUGCUAGGGAUCCUGGUCACCGCAGCAUAUUUCAUAAAGCAGCUGAUUGACAGCAAGUACUUCUUUUGCACAAAGUCGUUUAAGUUCAUCCCGCUAGAUAAAGCGUGCGAUGGAACAGAUGAUUGCAGUGGAGGGGAAGAUGAACAAACAUGUUUGUCAAGGUUCAAGGUUAACACCACCUUUCCAGUGCGCCUCAUGACCCAUCAGAGUGUUCUCCAGGUAUACGAUCCCAGCUCAGGAUGGAGGAGCGUGUGUAGCGAAGGCUGGACCGAGCAACACACGGAAAUGACGUGCAGGCAGCUGGGCUACACAAAUAAACCUCAAAGCACCAAAGUCCCGGUCAACACAUUAUUAUCUAACCUGACAUCUGGACCAUUUGCUGCACUCAAAUCGGGGACAGCAAACACGCCCGUUCAACAUGCUGCAGUUGAUCAGAGUGCAUGCAGAUCCGGAGCUGUGGUUUCUUUAGCCUGUUCAGAUUGUGGACAGGGGGACACUCAGAACCGUAUUGUUGGUGGUACUGAUGCUACCAUCGAGGAUUGGCCAUGGCAGGUGAGCCUCCAGCAGGGCGGCCAGCACACAUGUGGAGGCUCCUUAGUGUCGCCACGUUGGGUCGUCACUGCAGCCCACUGCUUCACCGCCAGUAAAAAGGAGCUGAGUCGCUGGAAAGUGGUUUCGGGCCGGACCUACAUGAGCACACUGGGAGGUUCCUCUGUGGACCGGAUCAUCCUCAACGGAAACUACGACCCAGCUCGCAAUGAUUAUGACAUAGCACUAAUGAGGCUCACCAGUCCAAUCACAGUGGGAGCGAGCCAGAUGCCGGUUUGUCUACCCCCAAAAUCCUACAACCUUGCUCCUUCAGCAUCGAUGGUGGUGACCGGUUGGGGCUAUCUGGAGGAAAACGGAAACAUCUCUCCAUCGCUGCAGAAAGCCAACAUCCCUCUCAUCGAAAGAACCAAGUGUGCCAGCCCCACUGUGUAUGGCAGCGCCAUCACCGAUAGGAUGAUCUGUGCUGGUUUUCUGGAGGGGAAAGUGGACGCAUGUCAGGGUGACAGCGGCGGGCCCUUGGUGCACUUCACCUCGUCCAAGUGGUACCUGUUCGGGGUGGUGAGCUGGGGCGUGGGCUGCGCCAGGGAGAGGCGUCCUGGCGUCUACAGCAACGUGGAGGAGAUGCUCAACUGGAUUCACACAGUCAUCGAGAAAAACCCAUGAUGAUCCCCAUUUUGACAACCAAUAUGUAGGACCACGCUGCAAGUUAAGAUGCGGAUUUCACAGGGGUAACAGAUGAACUACAGCAAAACAUCAAUGUGGAAAAAGGAUGCACAUGACUUCAUGCGGAUUUUGGGUUAUUGUUUCUGAUCGGGUAAGGUUGUUUCAUUGGGUUGGAUGAGAUUUUAAUAGAAGAUAUUGUGUGAAGUGAACGAAGCAAAACAAUAACAAUUUGAACUAACGGUCUGCAUGAAUCUCAUCCAGGUGUUCAAUGUACGUUUACUGAAUUGUCAAAUGGGUUGUUCCAGAAAAUUGGAGACAAUUUAGGGACAGUUUCUUUAAAAAUAAAAAUAAAAAAAUCAUUAAUUUUAACCCCCCUUCCCAAGAAAAACAAGUACUGUAAUAAAUCAACCCAUUUCAUUUAUUCAGGUCACCCACCAACAUUACACUUUCAAUGCAAUUUUAUUUGUGAAAUUAUAUAUUUUGGUGCAAUAAUGUUACAAAUACUUGGGCACAUAAAAAAACAUUUCAAAUUUAAAUCCUAAAUCUCUUGCAAUCAUAUACAUUAUAUCGGAUGACUAAUUUUAACUGUCACACUACAGUAACAGUUGACGCCAAUGUGACAGAACAGAUGCUAGCUGUAACUUAGCUUUAUAAAAUAAAAUGUUUUAACAAUUCUAAGGGUGCCAUAGAAACAUUUUUAUUUAUUUAUUUUGGAAACAAAACAAACUGCUUUAAAACUAAUUGUAUCUGAUUUACUUAAUUGGGGGUGGCACGGUGGAUGACUAAAUAAAAUGUAGGAAUCGUUUUCUAAAACAGAUGUUUACAUUUUGUCCUCUGAAAUCUGUAAUUUACAUGUACGGGCAUGUUUGCCUUGUGUGCUUGGGUUACAAUGGUGGUGAAAAAAAUGUCCUCCAAUUCUGGAAUGGCUCAUCUAUCUUUAAUGACUUGCUAUGUCCAGUACGGGCAAUGAUCAUAUCAUGCACAGCUGUAAAAUGGUACUAAGUCUAAAAUUACAGGGAAAUGUCUUUAUUAUUGCACUGGUUUAAAGCAUUGAUGGUGCCAAUUCAGUUACUCAUCAAAAAUGACAUGACAGAAUAAUUUCAAACGAGCACUUUAAUUUAGAAAAGAGAAUUGUGUUUGUGCAAAUGAUUCAAGUCAACAGAAUUUGAAUUCAAUGAAGCAUGGACUCACUAGGCUUUUAUGUUUUCAGACAUUUUUUUUUUUGUUUGAGCACAUCCAGUUUAAGUUGCACUCCAUUUUUAGAAUUAAAAUAAUUAUAGAAUGACAGAGGUAGUUGAUCAAAUAAGCAAGUGGGUGUAAUAAACUUUUGGAUAUUAAAUAAUCAAUUUCAUGUUGUUACUAUCGUGGCACAGUGGGUUACUGGUAAGCACACCCGACUCACAGUUCUGAGAACUGGGGUUCAAAUCUGGCCCCACCUGUGUAGCGUUUGCAUGUUCUCGUGCCUGAGUGAGUUUUCUCUGGGCACUCCUGUUUCCUCGCACAUUCCAAAAACAUGCAUUGUACUGUAGGUUCACUGAAGACUCUAAAUUGCCCAUAGGUAUGAGGGAGUGCGAAUGGUUGUUUGCUUAAAUGUGCCUUGCGAUUCGCUGGCGACCAGUUCAGGGUUUACGCCGCCUUCUGCCUGCAGUUAACUUGGAUAGGUUGCAGCACGCCCAGGACACCCGUGAGGAUAAGCAGUGUAGAAAAUGGAAAAUGGAUGGAUGUUGACAUAAUUUUUGCUCUACAUAUUUUGCAUUUGUAUAAUUUUAUAAAUACAGUUAUGUGAAGAAAGACUUGCCAAAACUGCAAUAAACCCACUCUAUAAACACUUCAUUUAUAAUACACUGCUUUUAGUCAAUAUUCUCUACAUCAGGGGUGCCCAGACUUUUUUAAUCCAAGAUGUACUUUUCCCCCAGCCUCUCGUGAGCUACUGACAGGGGUGGGGUGUUGGGGGGCUGAAUGAUGCUCCCUAAAAGUUUUAAGGUUAAUGUCAUGUUGCCUUUUAUAUUUAAAAUACAGAAUUAGCUUUUUGUGCAUUAUAUUGUUUGUGCUUUCUUCCUCGAUCAGGCUGUGCCAAGGUGGGAUUUUAACAUUACACACCAUCGCAUCCUGCACUUUCUACUUUGGCUGCAGACCAGACCUCUCCCUCAAAAAAGGGAAAAUCUCUUCCAGUUUCACUUUUUCUUCGAUUAUGCACAUGCUCCGACAGUAAUUGGAUCUUAAGACAACAGCAUUUCUUUAUUAACUUUUGCCAUUAUUAUUAAGAGUAAACAUAGGCAGGAUCUUUAGCUCGUUUUUGCUCUACGUUGCCCAGACUGUGUUGCUAACUAAAGCACUGGCGAUGGGCGCUGUCAUUAUAAACCACAUUGAUGGGGUGCAUAAGUACUGAAACAUUUGUAAUUAUGAGUGUACCCCUUUAAGAGCUGAGGGGGACGGUGCAAGGUAAACGAGGAAUAAGUCUGUGGCAGAGAAGCAGGUCGUUGCUGCCUAAAAGAAACCAGUGGCUUCUCCUUUUCAUUUUUUACAGUACAUAUGUGAAUUGUGCCAUUGGAUGUAACAACCAGUCAUCCCUCACUAGGGAUCGCAAAAAAACGCUUACUUACAUAAUCGGUUUUAACCGAACACCUGUAGCAAAAAAACGAUUAACCGGUUUUAAAAUCGGUACAAUAGUGGUGUUUACAUAAUUCACCCGCGGGACCUCGAGUUGGGGUGCGGGGUUCCGCACGGACUGUUUUUGUUGUUGCUCUUCCGGAGUGACGAGUUCACAGAGUUCCCGCCGUUAUGCGAGUCGUGUUUUGA